AUGAUUUUACAGGUAGAUAAAUAUUUCUUGAUGAGCACUCAAGCCGGUAAUUCAGAGGUUUCAAAGAAACUCAAGGUGAGUAAUGCUUACAAAAAGUACGUAAUUUUUCUUUGAAGGCGGCGAUCAAGGCGAAGUUAGAGGAGUUAGGUGUGUAUGUAGAUGAUGAGCUCCCGGAUUAUAUAAUGGUGCUGAUAGCAAACAAAAAGGACAAAGCUCACAUGAAAGAAGACCUGAGCUUGUUCAUAGGCAAAAAUACUGCCAAGUUUGUUGAUUGGUUAGUUUUCCGCAUGUUUUCUUUCGAAGCUUUUGUGUAUUUUCAGGCUUUUCGAUUUGUUCGAUCGUUUGCAAAACGCUUCCACCAAGUCUCACGACAAGGUAAGAAAAAAAAGAACUCAGUAUAAACAAAAGUUUUCCCGGAAAGUUGUGAUUUCAUUUGCUCAAAAAAUCUUUACCUACAUAGAUUUUAAUAAAUGAGGCUUUCCUGGCUUUUCAACUUGUUAUUUUUUUCAGGCUUCUUCUAGUAAAUCGAAAGAAGAUGAAUCCAGAAAAAAAUCAGGAAGAACAAGAAAAAGGUGAUUUUAUAAUCAACUUGAGUCAAAAUACACUGAUGUUUUAAAUUUUUAGCUGAAAAGGAGCGCAGAAAACAAGAAGAGCGCCAAAAAGCCGAGAAGGAGGAAAAAGAGCGGGAGCGAGAAAGGUAUGGCCUUUUUCCAUUUAAGAAGUUCGGCGAGGGAUGAAUAACAUAUCCUUGAAUAUUUUGUAGUAAGGAAGCUUUUUUCAGAGAACGUGAGAAAGAAAAAGCUCGUACCGAGCAGAGAAGACAUGAAAAAGAAAGAGAAGAGAGGCGGGAAAAAGAGCGGGAGAAAGAACGAGAACGAGAGAAACAAAAAAGAGAAGAAGAAAAGUAAGUGAGAAUUGAAUAAUCGGGAAGAAAAUGCCUAAAAGUCCUUUUGUCUGUUGAAAAGUCUCGAUUUGUUUGUUCCAGAGAACGAAGAGCUCAAGCCGCUCACCACAAAAAGCGGAGAAGUCGAUCCAGAACUUGGUCUGAAGACGAGUUUGAUGAUCGAAUCCGCGACAAAAAGGUCGUCAGGGAACAUGUUCCCAGGUCUCCUGUCAGAAAGGUACGCUCUGUUUGAUUUGCCAUCUACCGGAUCGACAAAAAAAUAAAAAUAUCAAAUUUUUGGUUAGCAAAAAUUAUUAUUUUUUUGUUUCAAAAAUUCUCCUAUAAAAUUUCUACGCUUGACAUUUGAUUCGGACUCACUUAAAAAAUUAAGUCAAAGCGAAAAGUUCAAAAAACGUUGGGAUUCCAAGUUUCAACCGUUGUAAUAUACAUUUUCUCCUGGUAUUUGUCCUUAUAAAAUUAUUUUUUCUGGUCCUUGCAGUAAUACUGUUGAUUGCACCUAAUAAUGUAUCUGAGCAGGUGGCAUCGACUGUCGUCGUGCAAAAACCCGUUUCCAAAAGUCCGGAUCCGCACAAAGUUUCUUCAAAAGUUGUUGUUAAACGGAAUAUCCGUCCAGCAGGAGAGUAAGUCGUUCUGGCAGAGAAGACCAGAUGACAUCCAUUUUGUUUGCAGUGAAAAGGGAGUCAAAGGUCGAGGUUCGAUGUUCAUGAAGGCUCUGAACGAAGCUAGCGUCAGCGCUGGAUACGGCGCUCCGUCGGCGAUUCGGACGUCUUCUGCCAGAAAUCAGGAUGACGACUACGACAGCGAUCAAGAUGAAGACUUGCCUGAGGAAGAAGAGCAGCCCGUACGUUUCAUAAAUAUCUUUACCGUUGAUUUCAUGAUAACUUCUCGCGAGUGCUUGUGUGACCAAGACUAUAUUAUUUGAUCUAUUUUAGAAAAUUUUUUCGGCGUGCGAAAAAAAUUAGUAUUUUUGUUUGUUUGGAUUUAGAGCGCUUUCCAUAUUUUUUGUGACAAACGAAAUUUUCGUGAUUUUGUUAUCAAAAGCGUACAGCUUUUAGUUUCAACUCUGUCGCGACAGAUUCUCUUGAAUUUCUGUGUUCUUUUUUUGGUGCUUCUGUUAAAUCUUUCAAUACGAAGUUUUUAAUUAUUUUCUUUUGCUAUUUUGCAUUAGUGAAAAUUUCGCAGGAAGGUUUAAAUCAAGUUUUCAAAUUAUUUUUUUUGUUCAAAUCAGAAAAAAGCUCUGAAGAAACUGGUUAGAAAAGAUAAUGAGUUCCCAAUAAAUCGCAACAAAGUCAUUUUUGGCUAUCAUCUCACAAUAGUUAACUACAACCGAUUCUUGAUCGGAUAAUGUGACCCUAGGAGUUUAAAGGAGUAGUAAUUGGAUCCACUUUGCUCAUCGAAUUGCUAUUUUUAUUCAUAUUGUUAUCUUGAUGCUUUGACGUCUAUUUUCAGACGGUCAAGGUGACGUCUCAGAAGCAUCCAGUCCUCGUCGAGAAGAAAAAAAAGACGCCGCUGAAAAAUCGCCUGACAGUCCCAGCUGACAAGCGGAUUAUUUUUGAUGAGGAGGAGUCAGGAGCUUUUUUAGGGAUUUUUCUCAUUUUCCAGCUAUUGCAGAGAAGAUGCCGAUACAGUAGUUUGCAACAAUGGGAAGAACGUUGGCCCCAAAAUAUUUGUGACCUUAAAAGGGGCUAAAGAACAAAGAAACGGUGGUCCUCGAGUUGUGGUGGGAGACCCGAAAACUUCGCUUCUGGGCAAGAAAAGGAAGGCCACGACGACAAAAGGUUCGGUGUCAUCAUGGUAUUGAUGUUCAUUCUGGUUUUUUGGAUGAAUCGCCGGAAGAAGCUGAGAAAGCGAUUGAUUCGAAAAAGUCAAAACACGACCGGAUCCGGUUCGACCUGAACACGACGCCGCUCGUGGUCUGUCCAUGCUUCUCCUUUUCCGCACUCAUUUUUCUUUUUUUCAGCCUGAGUCGGCAGAUUCUCCGACGAUGCGCAAGUGGGACGGCCAGAUUCAGUUAGGAGAAGAGUCUGACACCAGCGAUGAAGGUCAGUUUCUUGUUUGUAAAGUUUCUUCGAAGAUUUUUGUGCAAAAUUUAGGACAGAAGCUCCCAAAAGUUUUUUUUUCGCCUUCUUUGAAAGUUUCGAUUUACUUUCGAGAAUGUGUUUUGUGAGUCAGUUUCCAAUGAGAAAAUAAUAGAAGCGGAGAUCGACGCGGUUCUGGCGUCGGCGCGGACAGUUGUGCAUGACGAGGACGACGAGCCGCUUCCUCCUACACACCAACUCAGUGGCGGGCCUCAUCCAGACUUUGCUCAUGUUCGUUUUUCUCAAAACAUUCGGAAGGGUGGGGCUUGUAAUCGGGAUGCGUGCAAAUCUUCUGUAGGGAAGGAGCGGGAGUUCUUGGUCUGAAUUUUCACAGAUCCUAAUAUGUCAUGCUACGAUUUUUAGUAGGUUGUGACUUCAGAUCAUCCCAAAUACUUACUCGCCAUAUCCGCCAAACGUGCCUGCCUACGUGCCGACUCCAUUGAACGUUCUUCAGCACCAACAGCUUUCCAGUGGUGAAACUUCUUUUUUGUCGGUUUUAAAUGUGUAUUUCCAGGUUCUAUAGCCGUUCUGCCAGUUCCGGUGCAAGUACAUACACCAACAAGCGCCGUGGUUGCGUUUUUUUUCAGAGUUUUCGUUUGAUUCUCAGGGUUCAGGCCCCUUACAAGGAAGAAAGUCGUUUUGUUGAGCGCUGUAGGUUCUGGCCGAAUUGCACGAAAAGCGAUUCUUGCCAAUAUCAUCAUCCCGUCAAAGCUUGCAUGUAUGUUCUUUUUCGGAUUGUUUUCAUCGUCAGCUCCGUUUCUUUAUAGGAAUUUUCCGAGUUGUUCAUUUGGAUCGCGCUGCUUGUAUGUUCAUCCAGCGUGUAAAUUCGACAAGAACUGUACGAAAGUAAGCUAUUUUAGUGCGGCUGUUUUGAAAAGGAUGCUUUUUUUUUCUAAUAUUGUUUCAUUUGCUUUCGGAAACCUUAUCAAAGUUCAGAAUUUUUUUCUCUUGCUAAAUCCACUGAUUUCCUUGAGCUUCUACUUGAUUCUGAAAGUAAAAAGUGAAAGUUCUUUAUCAGUUUUGAAUGAUACCUGAAUCUUCUCGAAUUUGCAUCAUUCGACGUUUUCUCGAACCUUCGCUCCCAUCAGUGAAGAUUUUCUGCUCAGGCGAGUUGCCCCUACACGCACUACGGAACCGGCGGAAUCGUUCCUCAGCCGCCGUCCUCAGCCCCGCGGCUUCCUCUCACUUCCAACAAGCCUCCUGUCCAUCUCACCUUAACUACCACUUUGUCAAGCAUCGCAGCCAAGGUUCAUCUUUCCUUCUUACUCAGAAAUUGCCUUCAAUAAGGGCUUUAUUUUGAAUCAUUUUUAGAUAAAUUGGUUUAUUGAAAAAAAAAAGAUCGGGAAUGAUUCAUAUGAACUUCGGUGUGACAUAACAUCAAGUUUGGAAAAAUUUAGAUUCGUUACGAAGUAAGUAAUUUCAAUGUAAAACUCGACGUUUCCUCAGACUAAAGUGAGAAUUGUUUUUCAUUAAAACUAAACUUUUUCAUCGACCAUCGAGUCUUUUUUCAAACCUUGAAUGGGCCAGAGUCAAGAUAUUCAUACAAACUUUUUAACAGCUCGCAGCGAUUCCGAGAGCCUUAGAAUCGAAGAAAAUCAAGGAGGAGUUACCGACUGUCAAACAGGAGCACAAGGAGGAGCAGGAGAACGACUUGAAAAAGGAGCCUUCGGAUUCCCCGAAAAUAUCUUCGAGGUAUUUUCUCAACAUAGUUUCAUUUUUCCUGGUUAAAAUUCAUAAAAGAAAUUUCUCAUAAUUUAUUUUCAACAAUAAACAAUUUUUGAAGUAGGUGAGAGAAAAAUUAGAAAGAAUUGAAUUGUCUGAAGUUCAACAUAGUUCUUAUCAUUUUGAUCUUAUCUUAUGUCAUAAUUAGUAACUCCUCCGAGGUUUCUGACUUUCUCAAGAAUUUUUUCUCCUUUUUCUUUUUCGGUCCAACAUAUCGUUUUUCAGCGAAGCUGGCGUGGUCGAAAACGUCCCUGCGCUGAGCAACUUCACGCCUUGUCGGUUCGGCGCCUCGUGCCACAAUCCCAAAUGUUCUUUCAAACAUCCCAAGGUUCAAAUUCCUUGCUUCACUAAUUCUCUACUGACCUAAUUUUAUUCAUCUUCGUAAUUUGAGUGACAUUAAAGAACGAUAAAUGGGUAAUUAUUCGGUUUUGAGCCGUCGGAUAGAUUUCAGGCUCUGAAAAAAAAAUCAAUUUUUUCUGGGAAAAAGGCUCAUUCACAAAAAAUUGAUUAUAUGACGUUCCGAUGUUAAUUAUUUAAUUAUUAUUCUCCUUUGUCCCGCUUGAGCGGCGUCGUCGCCCCAAGUCGAUGAGCCGAGGGUCUAUCCUGAUAAUCAGUGUACUGGCUCGAGUGACAUGUCCGUCCUUUUGUGUGACGGUUGUGGAUUUUGAAGCCGUGGUUUCCUUACCAACAUUUCUCAAACGGGUUGGGCCGACGCGGGGGUCGACCUUGUGACCCUGUGGACCGUAGGCAGACACACAACCUGUAGCGCUACGGCGCGCCCAUAUGUUAAUUAUUCAAUUAUUACUGUUUUUCAAGCUCUAGCUCAAUUUUUUCAAUGAUAACUUUCCAUGAUAGCUGUAUACCAAAAUAAAAAGUCGAUCAUUGUAUUAAUUCUACCUAUGGCUUACUUUAAAACACCGCUGCUAGUUUUCAAAAAAUUUCAAAGUAUAUAUCUCUUUUUCUAGAACAAUCUCAAGUUGCGUCUCAGGAAAAAUAACCACGAUGAAGAUUCACAGUGAAGAUUUACAGGAAUGUCGUUUCGGUUCAAACUGCAAAAACCCAGUUUGUUACUUCUAUCACAAGCCGGGAACGACUGCGCCUGUUGCCGUUUCUGAGUCUGCCACGAAGUACAAGUGGAAGGCGACCGUCUGAGAAUCUCCUUUUUUCGAAACAAAACAGUACAUCUAUAUUUCAUACGGUUUCAAAACUGACUAUCAAUAUACGCUUUUUUCAUAUGCGUUCCGAACUUUUCUUCCCGUUCAAAAUUGUCUUUUUUCCCCUUCGGUGGUGUUAUUUAUUCAUUUUUGUUCAUUUUUAUACUCGGAAAAAUUUAUAUAUAGUAUAUUUUUGUCGUGAGGUUAAUGAAAAUUUAUUUUGAGCUUUCUGGAAUUGCAAAUCAAUUUUAUUAACUUGAUUUAACCUCUCCAAGACUUGCAGUGUCUUUAUGUCACUGAGAAACAAAAAUGAUACCAUGGUAUGGUAUACCACUGUGCAGUUCAAACGGAAAACAGUUUUUUCUCGAAAAUUGUACAUUUUUUCCGUAAUGACACCUCGCCUGUUCAAAUAAUGACCAGGGCGGCCUUUAUAAAGCGAUGAGGAGGAGGAAAAUUGAAUUUUUAUUUAUUACUUGAAGUCAAAAACUUUAAAUUCGUUCUCACUCUUUUAUGGUUUUCUGGUUUAUUUUCCCUCCACGAUUCAAUGAUAGCGGUGAAUUAAAGUGCUUGGUUGACUAAUAUGUUUUUUUUAAGAGUUUUAUUUAUUCAUCUUCAAAUUAUGUUAGGGAACUGCGAUAAGCGAAGUUUAAGUAAAUUUUGAAUGAAGUUGAACAAACACGCGAAAUUUUAGAGAAGCCAACUUUUCUUUUUGAACUGACAUUUCGUGUCAGCCUUAUUUAGACAAGACAAAACACUCGUCGAAGACCGAAUUGUUUGUUCAGACGUUUUCCGCCUGUUCGGAGCUCCGAUCGCCCUCCACAACCUCAGAGAAUAUGCUGCUGCUGCUGUUGCUUCCGAUGGCCUCCGGCAAUUUGCUGCCGCCGAUCUUCGCCCUUCCAGGUCUUCCAGUGGUCCUUCCUCAAGGACUCGUCUACAGGGCCUUGCCUCAGCCAGUGCCGUACAACCAGAUCGGCGUCACUUCCUUGCCUCCAGCAGAGGUCCGGCCACCGUGUCCGAUGUCGCCGCUCGCCACCUUCCUCUCUUCUGAGCAGCAGGUUUUUUUUUCCGAGUUUUAGAAUCGGCAUUAUCUUUUAGGGAUAUUUGCAGAAGUUCAGAUUUAAAUCACAAAAGAUCAUCUUGAAGAUGUUUUUUGUGCUAAUUUAGGCCCUUCCCUUCGGAAAGCUUGCUGAAGUUCCAAAAAACAAAAGAUUUUCAUAAAAUUACGAGGGCCAAACGCCGAAUUCAGUUUUAAUUUUUCUGAAACAUGACAACUGGCCGAUGGCAGAGAUUGAGCCAUGACAACAUGACUCGUUAAAUAUUUUAAAUAAAAUUUCCGCACCACGGAAAGGUCUUUUUAAUAUGCAUAUUCGGCUCACGUAUGUUUGAAAAAUGCUACAGUGGCCGGAUAUUGCGCCGUCAAUUUCUGAGCCAGGAAAGUUUUUUUUCGUUUUUUGAUUUUUGCAACUCGUUAAGGACCUCGAGGUUGCAAUAUAAUUCGUGUUUCAAAAAGUACACACGCUUUCAACAUUUUAACGAAAAACCUAUCUAAACUACCGUUGUUAGACCGGCCGCGUUGAACAAGCAUGCUUCUUCAAAACAGAGAUUGUGAAGUGUCAACCUAGUUCAUCCAUUGAAACCUCUCUUUUUGCCAAGUUUUUUUAUCGUAGGAUGUUUAAUUCAUAGAAAUUUAUAGGAAACUCUCCAUGAACUGAUCACAGAAGCUCGCGGGCAAGGAGCCGACGAACAAACUGUCAAGCAACACAUUAACAAAUACUUGACCGAGAUUCUUUCCCCUCAAAGGUAAACUUCGAGUUCUCCGUGUCACGACCGACAAUUUGUUCACAGGAUGGAAGAGUUCCAACAGGCCGAGGAGCAGUUCGAGACCAACCGCAGAGGAAAGAGAAAUUCCUACACGGAGAACGAAGGUACCUCUGAAUUUAUUUUCUCCGGAAGCUUUUUUCUAGUACAAAAAUUGCUUUAUCGAAGAAACUUUCGAUUACAGAGAAAAAGCUUCCGCAAAAGGUUUUUGAUCUGGUGGACACUUAUUCGCGCGACUAUCAACAAUUUUACGAAGAGUCUUCGGCCACACGACAGCGACUUUCGCCUUGA